CGUGUGUGUGUUAUGUUAUGGUACAAGUUUUACCUGCCUGCCUGCCUGGUGGUGUAGUGACAGUCUUUAAUAAUCUAACAAUUUUGUUCUCUUCUUGUAAGUAAUUCAAUCCUUUCCAUUCCACGUUUGAUGGAGAAUACCACACCAAAAGACAUCGCAUCCAUAAGACAUAAUAAACCUGCGAACGAAUGAGUGAGAGACCUUAUUAUUGUUGUUGUUAAUAUACACACCAAAUGGAUACGAGCAAAGAUAAGCACAUAGAAUAAGAAUGUACUAGACAAUAUCGGUGCAAAUGUUCAGCUGCUUUGAAUUAUGUGUUGUUCUGAAUGUGGUGGUGCUAUAAUAAGUAUGAUGAUUUGACUGGGUUGGUAAUAGUUGGUUCGUGCCAGUGCCGAGAACAUUUUACUCUCUUAUCAUCCAUUGAAGAACAUUGGCUGACAAAAGUAAUGUAAUCUGAGUCUUAAUAGAUUUUUGUUUUGCAAGAAAGAAAUUGAUCUGUUUUCACAAAAAUCCAUUCCACAAAAAACGGUAUUUGUCCUGUCAAAACCACAGACGAAAAAAAUCUGGUCGUGCCUCUAUCGCAGCCGUCGUAUUGUCAUCGUCCUAUCGAAGUUCUUUAAGAUUGGACAACGCCAUCGUCAUCAUGAAGAAAUCAUCAACACAUGAUCCCUUAUUUACUUCUUCCACCUAGAAAUACAAAAAGUCUACGUCGGGGAAAGGAGGAGGAAAGCGUUAUACAUUCGGCACUGACGACGUGUUUGAUCAAAUUUCAAGAUUGCACUACUACAAUACAAAUGUGGCUCAGAACCAACAACCAACCAGGGAGAUCAACCACCACAAAUUAUUUCAAUUUCUAAGAAAAGCAAAGCAUCAAGUGUUCAUGGUCACACUCUUCGAUUUAACCCAUCAAUAAUGAUGAGUGAUUCCAGUAAUAAAUAAGCAAUUGUUACGUAUGUAAGUGUUCCAUUCACUCGGAGGAGAGGAAACUAUGCAAGGAAAAUCCGAAGACAACAGAAUGCUCCACACCAACUUGCCUUAUCAUCAUGCCUUCUGUAAAUCAAUAGAACAAUAUCUGCUGCUUGAUGAGAGAUUCCGGAUGAAUGACUUUUUAUCCCCACCACCACACCACCACGAUUGCUACUACAACAUCCAACCAACGUUACAAAAUUAAUAAACCUUCAACCCCAUAAGACGGGACCCCCACCAAGAUAAGAAAAAUAGAAGAAAGCCUUCUCGCCACGAUAUUAUUAUUACUACUACCACUUCUACACACGUACAUACUGUUCAUACAAACAAGCCACCGACCGAAAGUCACAACUUUUAUAGAUCAUCAUUCCAUUUUAAUUUUACGAAAAGAAAGAAAAGGAGUCUGAACAAAUUGCCAGUUCAUGAAGGGAACAAGUAAAGUCAUGGAAUAAGUACAACCACAUUCUUCUCUCGAUUAAGACUUGAGAGUCCUGUGAAAAGAGUAUAAUUGGAAGAAGAAGAAGAAGGCGAAGAAGGGAAGGAAGAACAUUUGGAGGACGGAUAGCAAAAAGAUCGUGCACGAGACCGAGGUGGUUCCUGAAUUCGCUUACAACUGUAAUCUGAAUGACGAGUGAAAUACAAUUGAGAAACUAUUAUGGCGAACUGGACAUGGUCGUAUUUGCUGUUUUGACUCAUUGUGUGCAACCUCAAUUUCAUCCUCUGCAUGAAAAAACCACAGACUGCCUGCCUGCCUAUGCUACACGCUUCUCUCAUUAAAUCCCACCACCACAAACUGACUGUUGUUCCAGUUCUUGACCAACCAAAGCCAACUUCCUGGAGAGUGAAUAAUAAUAAGCACACGAAUAACUGAACGUGCUGCUAUUAUACAGCGAUCGAGGAACGAAUGGGAUGGAUAAGGCAGAACCAAACCAGUAAAUAAACCUCAAUUGCCAAUUGACUCAAGUAGUACAACAUAAUAACACACACUAUAAUCUGCCAAUUCAUCAUCGCUACCACCAGAACGAGAGAGAGAGGGAGAGAACGACUCAGUAUAAUCAAUCAACACCAACAACAAAUCAGAGUUCAAUAAUUACACAAUCCAAUCAACAAGUGGUCGUUAGAUACAAAAAUAAAUAAAUCGACAAAUUCAGGGCAGGGAACAGACAAAUCAGAUUAGAAAAUCGUCACUAAUAAUUCCUUCGCUUUUGAAUACAAUGUACCACAAUUGGUGUAGUGGGAUGGAAUGUAGGAAAUAUGAUAAUUUACAUGUUGUACGUACUUAAUCUAUAUUAAUCCGUCUGUUGUGUGAGGAUUUGUUGUUGCGUUCUUGUAUCCGAGAUCAUUGUCGAUAUUCAAUACGUAAUCGUGUGUAUGUCCAUGCAACACAGCAGCCUGUUCUUUGAUUAGAUUAUCAAAUAAGUGAGAAACAUUUUUUGCAUGAGUCGAAGUAAAGUGAGAUCACGUAAAAAUUCAAUAUAUUCUGAGUGAACUAGACUAUUUCAAGUAUCAACAAGUGAAAUUUAUCUGUGAUAUCAUCCAUCUUUUGGGCAACCAAGAAAAUAUAAAAUCGAAAAGCAUUAUAACGUCGUUAAUAUCUCGAAUAAAUUAGUGUGUUCUAUACUACGUUGAAGAAUCAAGGCUAUUUUAAGCUGACUUCCCUCGGGUUGCAAGAGGAUACAAUUUGUACCCUCAUCUCAUACAAGUCGGGGGAAGUGAUUGAUUUUAAUAACGAAGCGUCGACCACAGAAGAAGACGGGGCAGUGGUCCCCGUUCUAAUGGACAAUAGAAAUAUCGGUGGAGGUCGUAUGAUGACCUCUUGGGCGGCCAGAAUGCAUCGCGGAGCUGCCUCUCUAGGAACCGUGGUCACUUCGUGCGGACAUCCUUCAGCUCCUUACCCGCGUCGUAUUGAUAAAGUAAAAUUUGGAGUUCCAUUAGAAGAAGUUUGCAAGAAUGACAUUCCUGGACCAUUGCUGAUAUUAAUUUUGAAACUGAACAAAGAAGCACCGUACAAGAAGGAUGUAUUCAGAGCUCCUGGGCAUCAAGGCAGUAUGAAAAAGUUGAUUCAUUUUCUGCAAAAUGGGCGUCUCGUUAACAUUGAUAACUUUUCCGUCUACACAAUUGCCUCGGUGCUCAAAAAGUUUUUAAGGAAAAUUCCUGACGGGAUUUUUGGCCGUGAUGGGGAAGCACAACUCUUCCAUAUUAUUGACAUGACCAGUGUUGAACAUCAGAGGGACCAUAUCCAUGCACUGAUCUCAACCCUUCCAAUCUAUACUCAACGUCUGAUCGUCCUUUUGUUUGGAACUUUUCGCGUUAUUGCUUCCAACUGCGAGCGAGCUCAGACGGGGAUGACCUCAGAAGCGUUGGGGGUAUCUGUUGCCCCCUCAUUCUUCCAAAGUUGUGUUUCCGAUGGAAAACAAGCCAAAAUGGAAGAUGUAAUGAAGUUCAAAGCCGAGGUGGAUGUGGCAACGAAAAUCAUGAAAUUUCUCAUUGACAACUUUGGCGUGAGCAACCUCUUUGGCCGAGACAACUACGAGUACUAUGCUCGCAUUACGGGGCGAAUCUUGCGGGUGGAGGAGGAUUGGAUCUUUAGCUUCCGGUACCCCCCAGACGCCCUCGUUUCCCACCAAUUGUCGCUUGAGGCUGAGAAACAUUGGCUACAAUAUGAGUCGGACAGAUGGGGGCUCAAAUUUAAUUUGGAAGCCAUGUCCCAACAAGAGGAAAGCCACUCCACGCCGGCACUAAUGCAAGUGUUGGACCGGUUAGACGCUGAAACUGCAGAGGCCAACAGUUCGUUAAAUAGCAUUCCUGAAAACAGUUUACUGGAGAGUUAUACCAGGCUCAGUAUUAGUUUGGAGGAUAAUGGAUUGUUUAAUGGAGUAUCGGUGCACGAGAGACAAGUUGCCAGAAUGAAAACGCGUUCCGAAUGGUUUCUCUCUCCAGUCAUUUGCUCUGGGAUGACGUGUGUCGACGUGGAUGGACCUGCAACCCCAUUUUAUAUUCUUAAAGAGGAUACUGGAAGAAAUUUAGAAGCCUCUGGUCAAGGAUCAGGUUCCCAAGAGUCACUGAAACAACAUCAAUUGGUGCGAAGGUCUUCAAGCAAGGACAAAGAUCGCCGGCUGGUCCGUAGAAGCUCAAGUAAGAAGAACAAAGAAAAUGGAACUACUUCAACUUCCGCUACCACCGCGAAUAGAAAACAGACCGGCUCAUCUUCUGGAACUUCAUCAAAUCCUGCCGUGAAUAAUAAUAGUUCUCCUUCGGGGGAGGUCAUUGGUCAUGUCGUUGGGGGCGGAGGGGCUGGUGCUGAGGCAUGUGGUGGAUCCACUACCACGCCGACUACUCCUGUUAGUUCCAAGGGAGUUGGAAACUCACCCUCACGAAACCCUGUCGCCGGCUGUAGUCAGGCAGAGUCUGUUCCUGGCGAGACCACUUGUGAAUCCGACUAUCUAACCAACAUGGUUCUCGAAGCGGAUUGCACUGAAACUGACGUUCAAAGUUUUCAUGUUACUCUCACAUACAAACCUCGAAUUUAAAUAAUUUAUCUUCAUUUUCGUUAUUAGGAUUUUCUACCACAUAGAAGCUAACACUUACAAAGCUUGCGAUCGAAAAGUCCACAUUGGGAAGUCUCACAGGCAUUAUUACAUGACUACUAAACCAAUACAAAGAACGUAUGCAUAUUUUCCGUCUAUUUUGGUUUUAGCACUGCGGGAUUCAUUCCCUCCUAAUCACAUAACAAUAGAUUAAGAAAGGUCACGAAGAGAAUAUUCAUGAAAUACAAUUGACAUACAAAUUACUUGUGUGACUCAUGUACAUACGUAUUUUUAUCUCGUUAGAAACUCAUGUACGAAAUUAUUUGUGUUCUGUCAGAAGGAAAUAUGUCCAUGAUGACGAUUACAAUUUUAAAAUUCUUAUAACCAUCGUACUACUGGCCAACAGGGAUUCGUUCAUUAAAUAAUUAAUUAAUUACUGAAGCACCUAGUCAAUUGCCUGGAAUUAUAUAAUUGCCUUUUGCUGCUAAACCCGUCUUCGUCACUUAUACAAUCCAAAAAUCCUAAUGUUCGUACAGAGAAGGACUGGAAACACAUUCUAUUUGAUUGAGACUGCUUUUUACUACACGUGGAUUUACUGAACUCUUUUCUUAGGCUACUAACACACUUACGCAACUACCCAUUUACAAAUAUAUGGUUUAUACUUGUUCUGAUAAUUUCAAAAAACUUUCAAUUCUUUUAUGCAUUCCACACAAAUAAGUAUAAUGAACACACACUGACUUGGUUUUAGGACACAAAUGUAACAAACUUUUAUCUAACGAUGCAACAUUAUUCAUUCCACUUGGAAUUUAAUACUGCCUUUUCUCUAAGUUACGAUAUGACCACGAUAAGCACCCGUAUGUAUGUAUCCAUUUCAAGUAUGAUGGUUUUAAUAAUUUGUAAAUAUGAAGUUAUUAUAAGAAAUGAACGUCAUUUCGUUGUCGAUGACAUAAUGUAUAAAAAAAAUAGAAACACAUUUUCAUGCCAACUGAAGGAGGCUUGCGUUGCGUUGUUACCAAACCAUGUUUCGUUACCUUAUGAAGUACACCAAGAUUCAAGUCCCUCAAUGUUUUCAACUAACCUACUCGUUUAUUUUUUGUAAGUGCAGAAGAGUUAUCGAGCUUGAUCUGUAUUACAAGAAAUACUUAAAUUUCGUAUAUUUUCUUCACCUUAGCGUACGUAAUAUCACAACUGCUACUACAGAGUUAAAUACUAUUUACCAUUAAUUUCCCCUAUUUUAUAGGAGAAUUUUGUACAAAAGGAAUAAGAUCCACUGCAUAGUUUGUAUUAAUUAUACAUAUGCAAAGAAACUUGUAUUAACGUUUAGUGUGAACCAAGUGUAAAGUGUGCGUCUUUUUUCGUGUUGCGUAAUUUUAUAUUGAACGUCUUUAGUCAAAGGGGCGAUGCAAACUGUUUCAUGAUUAGCAAACGAAUUGUCUAAAAUUGGAAUUAUUUUUAAAGUUUUUGGUUUCUAUUCUGGUGACGGAUUAGAUAAAAAUUGUCAUUUCAUAAUUUUGUAUGUCACAUUUGUGCACAGGGGUGCGAGUUAAGAAUUUGGCGUAGAAAGAUCCCCGUCUUACAGAAAAUGAAGAAUGAAUCGAAAAGUACAAAUCGUAAACAUUUUGUUCACUAGAGGAAUUUGGGAAGUUAUGCUUAUUCAACGUCAGUCAGCCAGCAACACACAACAACAGCAUAAUAAAUACAUAGUUGAUGGAUUACAUAUUUACAACAGCUUUGGACACACGAAUUUUUUGUAUGAAUCCGUGUCAUACAUGAAAAAAUUGGUGACAAACCCAACAUCAAAUCCAAUACAGGUUUAUUAACGAAUUACACAAUAGUAUUAUAAGACGUGCAUACCAAGAAAAUUGAAAUAAGGUAUUUGUUCACAAACAAACGGGGGAAUGUAUCCCCAUUAUAAAAUUAUAUAUUAUUAUGAUUAUUGUUAUGAUGAUUACUAAUAUUAUGUCUUAGAUGAAACGAUAAUUAGACUAAUGUAAGUUUAAAAAAAUAUUGUAAUUACACAUUACUGAUUUAAAUAAGGGGAAUAAUUAAUCUCUUUUCUCAUUAUUUUGCGUCUCUCAUCACUUCGUCUCAUGCCAAGGGCUCACUAAUCAUGAGACGCUAUGAUGAAGACGAGACGCUUGAUCAGGAUAUUUUUUUUAUUGAAAUUCUCUAAAAAAAAAUACAACCAGUUCAAGAUCAGAUUAUAUAUUGUUACUAUCUAAAUAUACAAUAUGUACUACACCAGCAGUCCUUAUUUCUGUAAUUGUUAAUGUUUUCUACACACACAAACUCACAGCUACAUAUAUUACCAAACAAACAAGCGAAAAGAGCACCAACCAAUCCAAUCAAAAUCUAAAAAGAAACAACACAUUAUAAAAAAUUAAAAAAGUAAUUCGUGUUAAAAAAUGUGGAAAAUUUGACGGAUUAAAGUUCAUAAUGAAAA